AUGAUCCUCAAUGGGGGUCUGGAGGAUCAUACCAAUCUUCGACGGAAAAAUAAUCGGAUACCUUGGAAACGGAUUCUCGUCAUCCUCUGCAUUUUCACCACCAUAAUCUUCUUACGGAGACGACAUCGCCUAUCUCUAUUCCCAUUCAAAGAGAAACCUCCCCCGGUAGUGCCUACGCGGGAUUGGGAGCACAGACCCUUGUCAGGGUGUUUUGACCCGGAACGGGUCGAGAGGACAGACUACAACCUCACUCAAUUCUUGGACUCUCGACCUCGGCAUACCUUGAAUGCAGGGAGUAACAUGAAAUUCGAGAUGGAGUGUUACGAUUUCGCGGGCACAAUCAGGCCUGACGAGAGGUACGACGACACGACGUCGUCCUUGAUCUAUCACACCUACUGGAGGAUGGACCUCUUGCCCUUUGAUCAGAGGGAAGGGUAUACAAUCGAUUCGUUCCUUGCUACGCAAGACCUUUCGAGGUCGAGGUUGAUCCUCUGGACCAAUGAUGCCGCGGGCUUGUCGGUCACUCCGGUCGUGGCCAAGUACUUGAUGGAUUGGCCAGGCGUCUUCGAAGUUCGAGAAGUCGAUGUGCGGGAGAUGACGGAAGGCACGGUCUUGCACCGGAUUGAGGCGCUCGAAGGCAUGUACGACGGGUCAGCUUGGGUGGAUGGGGAUGCGGUGAGGUUGUUGGCGUUGUGGAACCAUGGGGGGAUCUGGUUCGAUAUGGACGAGAUCUUGACGAGGGAUCUAGGCGUCUUGACGGAACACGAGUUUGUCACCCAGUGGGACUGUCGAGACGACCCAAAUCUCAUACUCAACGGCCAUAUCAUGCAUUUCCGUCGCCAGUCGCCCUACUUGUGCGAAGCGUUCCACAUCAUGGCCACCGAACCGGCCCCGACACCCAACUCGCUCGAUUGGGGAGCGUUCCUAUACCAGAAACUAUACCGCCGUUUGAUGCACGGCGGCGUCAAGCCGUUCUCGGUCCUUCCGUGGUGCUUUACCGACCCUCGCAAUUGUCACGACGAUAUCAGUUUUCCUAAUCCCUUCGAGAAGGAUCCGGGGUCUUGGAAGGGACUCAAUUGGUCUGAUCCGUCCGGCGAGGGUCCCAUCCGGGACGGCAGACAGCACCUGGAGAAGCGCAUAAACCAGAUCUGGAGCAUUCAUUUGCAUAAUCAAUGGAACAGGACGUUCCCAGAAGGUGGAUACAUCGAAAGGUUGUUGGAAAAACAAGCAGACGAAAUGGGCGUGCGAAAGAACAAGAGGAAUGCCUACAAUUGA